AAUAAAGACUUAAAUAUAAUGCAUACGUUAUUGCAUGGCAAUAACUUAAGCAUUUGGAUUUUAUAUACAAAUUUGAUUUUAAUUGCAAUAUUUUAUCUCUUUUCUAUUACAGUGAAGAACAUUGCUAGGAGCAAGAGCAGUAUCUGAUGAGUACAGCAGCUGUUGCAAGACCAGGCGACAGAGCAGUGCCUGAGAACAGCAGCAGCAACACAGGAAUAAGCUGCACAUCCAUAAGUACUCUAUAGCAGCAGCAGUUGUGGCCAGAGCCAAAGAUGAGUCAACACCACCGCAAUGGCCACCGGAAACAACACAACAAGAAAGUCAGGAUUAACAGUGCAAGGAAGAGGCAGAGUUUGGUGACGACUUCUGCAGUGUUGCGGCUGUUUAUUGUGAUGGCUGCUACGGUGUCUCUUGUCCACACCCUGCCUGUCCCGGCCCCUGCUGACACCCUGCCUCUCCAGGCCCCUGCUGAUACUCUGCCUCUCCAGACCCCUGCUGAUAUCCUGCCUCUCCAGGUCCCUGCUGACUCCCUGCCUCUCCCGGCCCCUGCUGACACCCUGCCUCUCCAGGCCCCUUCUGACACCGUGCUUGUUAGUAUGGUGCCUGAUGGCACAGUACCUGCUGACAUGGUGACUGUUGACAUGGAGUUAGUUGACAUGAUUCCUACUAACACUCUGCCUGUUGGCACGGUGCUUGCUGAUAUCCUGCCGGUUGAAACGUUGUCUGCUGGCACUCUGCCUGCUGACAUGGUACCUACUGAUCCAUCAUCUGGUGACUCAUCGCCUGCUGAUCCAUCAUCUGGUGACUCAUCGCCUGCUGAUCCAUCAUCUACUGACCCAUCACCUGCUGAUCCAUCACAUGCUGACCUGACAACUGCCUACCUGUUUCCAUCUACUCUGUCCUCAACUUAUCCAACUCGUCAAGAUGCAUGCGCUGAGGAUGAAUUCAGCUGCUUGGAUGGUUCUAGAUGCAUACCCAUGACGUGGCAAUGUGAUGGCGAACGUGACUGCGAUGAUAACUCCGACGAACUUUCUUGUG